AUGGUCGACGCGCUAGGAGGCGGAGAGUCCAUGCGGGCAAUCUUGGUCUCGCUGGUCUCCGUGGCCAACUGCCUCGGCCGCGUGCUCUUCGGGGUGGCCCCUGACGCGCUGGCCGUCGGAGCGCCUAGGGCGCUGUUCCUGGCGGCCAACCUCGUCCUGAUGGGCUGCGCGCAGCUCCUGCUGUCCCUCGGCUCGCUGCCUUCGCUCGUGGCGGGCGCGGCGCUGGCGGGGUUCUCCUACGGCGGCUUCUGGACGCUGUCCCCGGCCAUGCUGGCGGAGCUGUUCGGGAGGCGCUGGAUCGCCACCAUCUACAACAGCAUGUCCUUGGCCGUGAGCUCUGCGAGCCUCGUCUUCAGCACCGUGUUGGCCUCUCACUUCUACGACGUGCAGUCUGGGCUCCACCCAGCGGGAGGAGGAGCUGGCUGCACGGGCCCGACCUGCUACCGCCUCACCCACCUGAUCAUGGCUUCGGCCGCAGGCGCCGGCCUGGUGUCCGCAGCCGUGCUGCGAGACCGGGCGAGGCGGCGGCGCGGCGCGCUGUCGCCGGAGGUCGACCUGGCCGAUCGGGCGGCGGCGGCGCGUUGCUGA